UAGUCGUUUUAAAAAUUUAUUGUUUUUACCUUUAAUAAAAAAUUAGUUUUCCUUUGAAAUUUCAUUAAAUCAGUAAAUAAAUCACCACAUCUAUAUGAUAUCAUUCUGUUUACUUUGAAAUUAUAACAUAGGUUUUAUUUGUUUUUUUAUUUGUUUAUAAUUUUCUGAAGCAAAGAUUGCAUUUAUAACGUGAGGGUUAUUUAAGGCGUUAGGUAGACUCAACUUUGAUGUGGUUACAUGAACCAAAAGAAAAGGGGGCGAAAGUAAAAUAAAUGCCAGGGUAUGGUCAUUGACGUAUCUAGAUCUUCUGGUGGACUGCUACUUUUGAUAAUAAAAUGAACCGUCAAAAUCCUGACUUUGCUUGAACGAAUGAGAAAGUGUGAUUAACCUACAUUUCUUACGCGCAUAUUUUUUUUCGGUUCUAUUCAUGUAGUCUCCAAUUUCGAAAUUUGACAAAAAUUAUAUUUUGUUGGGUUUUUUAUUCUGCAACUAUUCUAAUAACUUUAUGAAGUCCUUGUAUUGUCAAUCAUCUUUUUCAUUACGGUAACAAUUCGUUUCAUCUCCAUUAGCAUGUUGAAAUAUACACUAUAUUUGUCUUUUAACAACUCAAAUUGUACAGACAGGCAGAUGCUAGUAGAUGGAGAUCAGCUGCAGCAUACGGACCAUUAUAGUUCACAUGAGAGUCAGUAUUAUAGAACUAAAAUUCAAGCAACAAAGAAGAUUGCAAGAGAAUAUGAAUCUGAACCUGGUGAAUAUAUGUGUCUUGCAAUUCUGACCUGCUUUUGUUGCUUGCCGCUAGGAAUAUGUGCUGUCUUUGCCACAAUAAAGGCAAAUGAUGAUCGAGCACAGGGACAUUUCGAAGAAGCUAGAAAGAAAAAUAGUCUGGCCCUAGUCAUGAUGAUUGCCUCAGCUGUAUUCGGAAUAGCUGCCACUAUCGUUUUCACUUUCGUUGUAGUAAUCAUAUGCGACAUUAAUUUGUGUCAGUAAAUCAUGCUAAAUUUGACUUUUAAAUGUUUCUUUACACAGAUAAGAUAUGCGUUACAUUAUGAUCUGCAAGACAAAUUUAUAUUGGUUAGUAUUGUUACAUUAAACAUUAUCUUACAAUCAGAUAAAGUAAGAGCUCUGGGAAAACAUUCAUUGCUGUCACAUAAGAUUAUUCGAAUUUUUACUUAUCAUAUCUCUGUACCCGGUAAAACUAAAACUGUAAC